AUCAGAGACAUCUCGCAGUCGCUUCGCAGCAAACCAUCUGAGAGAAAAAUCUAGGAGCUAGCCAUGGCCUCCACCACGAGAUUCUUGGCCAUGAUCAUGGCGUGCACGCUCCUCGCCAGCACGACGUGCCAUGCCGCUCGCCACUUGGCCGACACCACCCCGGCGGCUGCCCCACCCGCUGCGGCUGCCGUCCCUGGCCUCCCGGCUGUGCCAACCAUGCCGACGCUGCCACCGAUGCCGGCUGUGCCGACGGUGCCGGCCUUGACUGUGCCACCUAUGCCGACUGUGCCCACCAUGCCGCAGGUGACACUGCCGCCCAUGCCCGCUGUUCCUGCAGUGCCCAAGGUGACGGUGCCCCCAAUGCCGGCCAUCGUCAUGCCUAAGGUGACCAUGGCACCGAUGCCCGCCGUCGUUGUGCCUAAGGUGACGAUGCCGCCGAUGCCCGCCAUUCCUUCCAUGCCCAAGAUGACGCUGCCGCCGAUGCCUUCUAUCCCGACCGUCAACGUGCCUAUGCCGUUCUUGGCGCCGCCUCCAUCAACUUAGGAGUGCCACAUGCAUGGUGACGCGUGCACCAAGUCGAUGGUCACACGCUCUCAUGUUCCAGUGGCUACAUCACUUGUUGCUCAUGUGAAGUAUUUGUUUUCGAGUUGUAUGCUUUACAUUUCAAUUCAGUUGUUAGUUAUUGUGUGUUCAUAUUAAAGGGGUGUUCUUGUCCUAGUAUAUAUAUGCGGCAUUUUAAUUUACUAGCA